UAACGGGGGAUAUUUUCUGGAGACGCCAUUUGUAAAAGUUGCUAAUUGCGCGUGGCUUGACAGCUAUUUUUGUUUUGUAAGUGAAUUUAUCAGAAAAGUUUGUGUUUUUGUGUGAAUUGUCGAAAUCAUGGAUCCGGAGAAACUCAAGGUUGUUGAUUUACGCAAAGAAUUGCAGCAAAGAUGUUUGGAUACGAAAGGAAAUAAGGCGGUGCUUGUAAAACGCUUGAAAGAGGCUUUGGAUGCUGAAGCUGGGAAAGGUAAACCCAUAAAAACGGAUCCGUCAGAAAUUACUGAUAGUAUUCAACAUGAGCUGACGGUUAAAGUAGAACCGUUAAAAGAUCCCAAAACUCCAAAAAAGACACCCCUUAAAGAUACUCCCACGACAACUGUGAAAACACCAGUAGCAACUCCGGAAAAAUCUGUAAUUGAACCAGUCAUUAAAAGUGAAGAACUUAUAACUCCAGAGAAGGAUAUAAAGGUGGAACUGCAGACUCCCUUGCCAAUUACACAAAAUGUCAAAGAAGUUAGCAAAACUCCAGAAAAAGUUGUCAAGUUGGAACCCCAAACACCUGCACCACUUGCAACGGCUAUACAGGUUGAAACUUCGACAGAUCAGCAACCGGAAAAUGUUGAUGAUCAGGAGGUUGUGGAAGAGAGCGUGGCGAUGGAAACUGAGACAAGAGGUGAAAAGAGAAAACGCGAAGACGAUGAUGAAGAUGUUGAGUCCAUUGAGAAGAAGCGUAGGGAGGAUUCCCCAGUCAAAUCUCCGGAGAAACCCCUUGAUCAAUCUUCGUCAAAACCAGAAGUAAAAUCACCUCCAAUUGUGGAAGCUUUGAAGAUACCCAUCAAAGAAGAUGAACCGGAAAUUGAUUAUGAAAAGCCUCAGUUAAGUUGGUUUGACUCUGACUUGCAUCUUAACAUUGACAAAGAGACAUUCUUGUCAGCCAAACCGUUGAAUGACGGUUGCUUUGGAUACAUUUGGGCUGGGGCCCGAGCCACUCACGGGAUUUCUUCAGGAAAGAUUUGCUUCGAGGUUAAAAUUACCGAAGAACUUAAGUGGGAUGACAUGACCGAGAAAAUGCUUGAUAAGUCAGUAGUUAAGGAUAAAUAUAAGAUCGAUCGCCGCAAGGACAAGGACCAACCAAAAUUAACGGAUACUAAAAAUGACACAGAAAAACAAGAAGAAGACAAGCCAAAAGAAGAUGUUCCCGAUGAUACACAAACAGAGGAACUGAGCAAGGAUGAAAAGGAGCAAAACGGGGACUGCAACGAGACUAAAGAAGAAACGUCCAAUAACGAUCUGAAGUCGGAAACUGCGGAACCAUCUGACGAAGUUUCAAAAGAUGCUGAAAAGACAGAAGAAAGUAAAGACGAAGUAGCACAGGUAGAGCAGGCAGCCUCCGAAGUCACUAAAUUCGAACCCAUACCGUCCCAUUACUUUCGUGUCGGAUUUUCUUUGGCCGGCACAUCUUUGCAAUUGGGCGAAGCGCCACAUUCAUUCGCAUAUGAAUCCACUGGAAGAUUUGUCACUAACAAUGAUUAUCAAGAAUACGGAAGCACCUUUGGAAUUGGCGACGUGGUCGGCGCUUACUUGAGUAUUGAUAACGAGAACGCAAUUAUCACAUUUACUGUCAAUGGUAUCGCACAACCCACCGCUAUCACGGUCCCUAGGUCAGAAUUUCCGGAAGACUUGGCUUUAUUUCCGCAUGUUCUAUGUAGAAAUUACGCAUAUGAGCUUAAUUUCGGAGCUAAUGAGACACCAUGGUUUCCACAUCCGGAGGAAUUAAAGGAUUAUGAAUUUCUACAAGAUGUGCAGGAUAAAGUGUCUGGACCAAAAAGGCCUGACAAACGGGAAGAGUGUGAGGUUAUUCUUAUGAUUGGAUUGCCUGGAUCUGGAAAAACGCAUUGGGUGAAAAAUUAUCUUGAGUCAAAUCCGGAUAAAAAAUACACAAUAAUUGGAAAUAAUGCAUUGUUUGAUAGAAUGACGGUGGAUGGUCAGACGCUAAAAUCGCGUUUUAACGGUUCCUGGAAGAUACUGGUAGAUCGGGCGCAAAAAUGUCUAAAUCUGCUAACUGACAAAGGAUCUCUGCGACGACGGAACUAUAUUAUAGAUCAGACGAACUUGUUCCCGAACGCACAGCGGCGCAAACUGCGCUCCUUCGAGGGUUUCAAGAGAAAGGCUGUUAUAGUAGUUUGCGAGGACGAUGAGCACGCCCGUAGACAAAAGGACCAGCAGAACGACUUUGGUAAAAUAGUACCCGAAAGCACCAUGUAUGAUCUUAAAGCUCAAAUGGAAAUUCCCCAAACAUGUGAGUGGAUUGAUGAAAUGAUAUUCACGGAUUUGGACGAGGAAGAAGCAAGGAAAAAAGUGAAGGCUUAUAAUGAGGAAGCCAGUAAAAAGGGAUAUUUCCGAAGAUGGCAAAACAAUAGAAGGCCGCAACAAAGAAGCUUUAGACUUGGUGAUAGGAGAGGCGGUUUUCCUGGAAGUCGAUUUGAAAGAUACCCACCUGGAAGAGGCGGCUUUAACAGGCCUGCCCCAUAUCCUGGCAGGAGGGAUUUGAGACCAAGUCGUCCAACGCAUAUUAAUCCAUGGAGACACCAUCCAAGAGGCCCAAGGCUGCCAGACGCAACUCGAAACCGGGAAAAUCGCAACUCUGGUUUUGGUGGUGUUCGUAAUCAAUCGGCUCUUCGUAAUCAAGGCGCACGCAACGCGGGUGUCUGGCAAAACAGUGCUGGAGGUUCCAAUAACUGGGGCUCCGGCCAUCAAGGAGGUUGGAAUUCUUCGAUGUAUCAGGGCUUCAAUUCUGCUUGGAACGAUGCAAAUACUGCGAAUCAACAAUCCGCUUGGAAAUAUGGGGGCAAUCAAUCCGGGUAUAAUAAUAGUGGCCGAUACGGCAAUCAAGCGAACUACGGAAAUUACCAAGGCUACCAAGGAAGCCAUCAAGGAUAUGGCGCGCAAAUUGGUUAUGGAUCAAACCAAGGCGGAUACGGCUCUCAAGGAAAUUAUGGAGGUCAGCAGGGAUAUGGACAACAAAACUGGAAUUAUGGUCCGUACGGUCAACAGCAGGGUUGGGGCAGUCAGAAGAGAAAAUAAAUACAGUCACCAGCAGGCGCCCUUCAUUUACACUGGAACUAUUCCUACUUCUGAGGACACUUACGAUAAAUGAAAAUUGUUUAGUAAAUGUUGAUUCUGGUGAUUUGUACUUGUAAAUAUGUGUAACUGGAUUGGACUUAUCGAGCAUUCCUCAACAUUUGCAAAAUUUAUAAAGUACUAUAUAUUUAUUUUUUACGAAGUACAAAUACAACAAACUACAGCCAUCAAAGUUGGGCCCAGAGCGACAUGCACUUCAACAUAUGCAGUAAUGUAGGACAUUAGUUGGUUUUAAUGGAAGGAACUCAGUAUGAUUUGUUUCGAGCACCUAUUACCUUUCGUUUCAAUCUUUUAACAACUCUUUUAUGGUUUAACUUUCAUAUUAUUUAUGUACAUAACAUAUAAUUAGAAGGCAGUUUUUGUGUUUUAUUGGUAUAAUUAGAGUUGCAAUGAAGUACCACCUAUAUUAAAUAUUCUGAUACUUUUUAGGCAAAAGCUACUUGUGAAUUUUUACAUGUACAAAAUAUAUAAACUACAAUGGUAUUGAUUA